AGUAGUUCAAAUAAUCAAUCUUAUGUAGUUCAAGUGAACAGAACAUUUUUAUUAUUUUUGAGGUUAAGCUGUGGAUUAAAGAUUCAAAUAUUUAGGAACCCAAAUAACAAUUGUCACGAAAAUAUAUGUGGACUCCUUUCGUUUACAUUAAUACGAUAAGCUUAUUUUUCAUUACUAUCAGUAUGAAAUUAUUAAUGACAAAUAAGAGAUUAAAUACCUAUAUCCUUAGAAAAUAUUCAAACGUAGUAAAAAGAGAGCUUCAAGUGCCUCCAUUCUGUGAAGUUUAUAUUAAUGUUCCUUACAAUUUAAUAAUCAAACCGUUAAAUGUUCAUAAAUAUCCUAAUUGUGAUAAACUAUUGAUACAAAAUAAUGCAAAAUUUGAAAAAUCAUUAGAAUGUACUAUAGGUGGGAAUCACAUUACAAUAUUUGACAAGUGCGAAGAUACAAAUAAUAUCGCUCAAGUUGAAAUUCCUGUAAAAUCUAAUUUGUUUGUAAGUUCCAGAAAAGAUAUUAAUGUAGGUCAACUAAAUUGUGAUAAAAUCAAUUUAAAAUCAGUUGAAGGAAAUAUAAGCGUAGAUAAAUUUAAUGGUAAAUCUAUACAAAUCAUUUCAAAAAAUGGUAAUAUAAAACUAAAAGAUGCAAUUCAGGCAUCUGAAAUUCAAGUAGUAGUUACUGAAAAUGGGUCAAUUAAUACUGGAAAAUUACAAGGAAUUUCUUCAAGAUUGGAAACUAACAAAGGAGAUAUUACAGUUGAAUCUUCAUAUUGUAAUGAAAGUGUCUUCAAAACUUGCAAUGGUGAUUUGUCUUUAUCAAAUAUUCAUCAACAUUGUGAAGUAAUAAUCAAGGAAGGUCAUUUAAAUAUUACUAGUUUUGAUGGCAAACUCACCGCUACAGUAGACAAAGGUGAUGCUGAUAUACACCUAUCAAGAAUCACAGGAAACUCUGAAGUAAACAUUAAAAAAGGAUCUUUACAUUUAAAAUUAGCAGAAUUAUGUCAAGAUUACAUCAAAUUCAUACUCAAAUCUGAUUAUUGUGAUGUGGGAAAACAAUUUAAAUUUGAUUAUAGGGAACCAGGUUGUGUUAUAAUUAAUCCAGAAGUCGUUGAAGAAUAUUUAGCAGUUGUGAAUUGCUUACAAGGAUCAAUAUUAGUACAAAAUGUUAGUUGGCAAGAAAUGAUGAAACUUAAGUUGAAAAAAUUUCAUUUUGAUCAAGACUCAACUGUUUGAUUCGGAGAUAUGGAUUUCUAAGUAGGAUAGCUCGAACGAUGAAAGUUAACCUUUGGGACUGUAGGAAAUUGGGAUUCAAUUAAUAAGAUGUCAAAUUAGGUUUAAAUAUAAAAAAAGACCAGUAACCAAUAAAGAUUUUUUCACAUGAAAACUGGGGAAAAUUAAUAUUUGCACUUUUUAAUAGGGCUAAGGAAUCUACCAACUUGAUUCUGUUUUAAAAAUUAGUUCGAAAGUCAAAAGUAAAGUUUAAUCUCUAUCAGUCGUGCACAUACAAAUAAUAACGAUUAAAAUAGAUUUUGUUAUUUCGGCUGUCUACCUUGCAGGUAAAUAAUUGUUAAAUAUUCAAAUAGAAAUCCAAUUCCAACAAAUUUGCUUACCAACCUAUCACACCAAAACUGAUCAAUGGUGAUGAAUUGAUAAACUUGCAAGUUUAACCUAUUCAACAAUAAAAUGUGUGUGAAUAUUAAAUCAAUAAAUAUGUUACAAUAA